CCCGCCCGGACGGAGCCGCCGGCGGCUGCGGCAGCCGCGGGCCGGGCGUGAGCGGGGCGGUGCGGGGGCGGGCGAGGUGAGGCGGCACCGCCGGGCCGGGCGCGCUGCGGCAUGGAUUACCCUGAGCGCAGCUCGCCGCAGGACGCCUGGGACCUGCCGGGCGAAGCCAGCGGCUACGGUGGCGGCGGCGGCUGCUACGAGCGGCCGGCCCGCGGUGAGGAGGAAGCGGCGGUUGAGGAGGCGGAGAGCCGCGGCGUGCAGCAUCCCCUCGCCCGCCCGCCCCGCCGCCCUCCCCAGCAGCGCCCCGGGCCGUUGCUCCGCGCCGCGCUCUCCACCUCCUCCUCCGAGGGGGAACCGGAGACGGCGGCGGUCGCCCUGCCGCGGGAACCCAGCCUGAGCGACGAGGCCGGCGGCGGUGAUUUCGAUUCGGCCGAGUCCGGCGCCUCGCUGCGCUACUCCACGGGCACGGGCGGCGAGGGCAGCGAGGGCGAGGGAGCGGGGCUGGCGAGCAGCGAGAGCGGCGGCAGCGGCUUCUCCCUGGCGGCGGCCGCGCUGCCCGAGAGGAGGCGGCCGGGCGGCGGCCGGCCCCGCUAUGAGGUGGUGCGGGAGCUGGGCGCCGAGGAGGUGCGCUGGUUCUACCGGGAGGACCGAAAAACCUGGAAGCCCUUUAUCGGUUACGACUCGCUGCGGAUCGAGCUGGCCUACCGUGCUCUCGGACCCGGCGGCCCGGCCGAGCUGCGGGAAGGCGAGGCGGCGGCGGUGGAGCCGGUGUGCGUGCGGAGCGGGCUCUACGAGGUGGACGUGGCCAGCGCGGAGAGCUACCCCGUCUACUGGAACCAAACAGAAAAGAUCCCCGUAAUGCGUGGACAGUGGUUUAUUGAUGGCACAUGGCAACCUCUGGAAGAGGAGGAAAGUAACCUAAUAGAACAGGAGCAUCUCAACCGCUUCAAAGGCCAGCAGCUGCAAGAGAGCUUUGAUAUGGAAGUAUCCAAACCUGUUGAUGGGAAGGAGGUUCUCUACUACCUCCCUCCCUUCUCCCUCCCUUCUUUGUUCAAAUGGAGAGGAUAUAAGGAGAAUUCAGACGCUGCAUGUCUUAAGCGAAAGCGUUCCCAAGCUAUUCAUAGUCUAAAGUUGAGUCGCAACCAUGUGGACUGGCACAGUGUGGAUGAAGUGUAUCUGUACAGUGAUGCAACAACAUCUAAAAUUGCAAGAACUGUUACACAAAAGUUGGGGUUUUCCAAAGCUUCAAGUAGUGGGACAAGGCUACAUAGAGGCUAUGUAGAAGAAGCUACGUUAGAAGACAAGCCACCACAAACUAGUCACAUUGUGUUUGUUGUGCAUGGUAUUGGGCAGAAAAUGGACCAAGGAAGGAUCAUCAAAAAUACAGCUAUGAUGCGAGAUACUGCAAGAAAAAUAGAAGAAAAGUAUUUUUCCAACCUUGCAACGCAUGUUGAAUUUCUUCCGGUUGAAUGGAGAUCAAAACUUACCCUCGAUGGAGACACUGUCGACUCCAUCACUCCAGAUAAAGUACGAGGUUUAAGGGAUAUGCUGAACAGCAGUGCGAUGGAUAUCAUGUAUUAUACGAGUCCUCUUUACAGAGAUGAGCUGGUCAAAGGGCUGCAGCAGGAGCUGAACCGGCUAUACACACUUUUCUGCUCCCGGAAUCCAGAGUUUGAGGAGAAAGGAGGGAAAGUCUCGAUUGUGUCCCACUCGCUGGGCUGCGUCAUCACCUACGACAUCAUGACUGGCUGGAACCCGGUCAGGCUUUAUGAACAGUUGCUGCAGAAGGAGGAGGAGGAGCUUGAAGACCGGUGGAUGAGCUAUGAGGAGCAACAUUUACUAGAAGAACUUUACCUAACUAAACAACGGUUGAGAGAGAUAGAAGAGAGGUUACAUGGGUUAAAGGCAUCCACCAUAUCAAAACCACCUGUCUUAAAAUUUAAGGUUGAGAAUUUCUUCUGUAUGGGAUCUCCUUUAGCAGUGUUUUUGGCAUUGCGUGGCAUCCGUCCGGGAAACAGCGGUAGUCAAGAUCAUAUUCUGCCCAGAACAAUUUGUAACCGCUUACUAAAUAUUUUUCAUCCAACAGAUCCAGUGGCCUAUAGAUUAGAACCUUUAAUUCUGAAACACUACAGCAACAUUUCGCCUGUCCAGAUCCACUGGUACAACACUGCAAACCCUCUACCUUACGAGCAUAUGAAGCCAAGUUUUCUCAACCCAACAAAAGAACCUACCUCAGUUACUGAUAGCGAAAGCGUUUCAACUGUACCGAGCCCAACUACUUCUCCAGUCAUGGUUCGACGCCACUACGGCGAGUCCAUAACAAACAUAGGCAAAGCGAGUAUAUUAGGAGCUGCGAGUAUUGGGAAGGGCCUCGGCGGGAUGCUUUUUUCAAGAUUUGGUCGAUCUAGUACAACCACCCCACAGACACUUGAGACGGGAAAAGAUGGAGCCGAGGGGGAGGACAAGAAGGCCACAACUGUUGGGACGCCGCCUUUCCCACACAGCAGCUCGGGCUUUCUCGAACCCACAGUGGAACUGGAGCACAGGAUUGAUUUUGAGCUCAGGGAAGGUCUCGUGGAGAGCAGAUACUGGUCCGCGGUCACAUCGCACACUGCCUACUGGUCAUCUCUGGAUAUUGCUCUUUUCCUUCUAACCUUCAUGUACAAACACGACCAAGAAGAUCCCGACAAAUCCAAUUUAGACGCUAUUUGAAUUUUUGACUGGGGAUGGAGCGGGAUGGGAAAGGAAAUUUUAAAACAUGGCACAAAACUGAUGUUUUACUGUUGAACUGCAGUAUAUAUGGCAUGGAGGUUUCAGGUUUAAGUGCAUGUUUGGAUUUUUUUCCUAUUUCUAAAGAGCGAAACUAAUUUGUAUUUGAAAGCACUUUAUAGUUUUAAACAUUUUGCAGUGCUUAAUUAGACCUGAAAUGAUUCCAAAUUCUUGCUAACUUUGACUGUAUAAAAAGCCAAUACAACGUGUAGCAUCCCGUAAGCACGGUUGUGCGGUCUGCUUGGGUGACAUACUUGUUAAUGACCAUAAUUGCUGUUUAGUUCAUUAAAUUAUAAGAGAUUAGUUGAUUUAAAAAAAAAAAAACCAACCAACAACUAAAUCAAUUUCCAUUAACAAAACUAUAUGUUAGCUACAAACCUAAAACUGCCAUGUUCUGAUGUUUUACGUAUCAGUAAAUAACAAACGGUGGUGUCAUUUUUCUAGGACUUUAUUCAGCUCCACAUCCUGUUAUCCACAGUACCAUUGAAAGACCAUUCUGACUGCUGGCUUCUGAGGGCGUAUUAUACGUGACACAUUUAGAAACUAAUGCUGAAAAAAGCAUGAAGCAAAUAUUUGAAAUACUGUAAUUAUAAUUUAUUAUUAUCUCUAAUUGUUUCAUUUUAUUCCAGUGUAUAAAACAUUACUUUUUUACUGGUUUCUUUUGGCAUAAUUUAAGAACCACAUUUAUUUUCUACAGUGUUAAGACUUUUUCUCAGAAAUACAUAUCUUUGUACUACUAUUCGAAUGAAUAUAUGGACACUGUGGCACACUUUAAGUAUUUUUUCAUUAAAAAUAAAUAUUUGUGGUUUCACACAAAUGACAUCGGUCACGUUCUUCCCAAAGGUAAGUA